AUGCUGACCAUAGACUGGUUAAUAAAGCUAUCAACGGAGCAGAGGCGGAAUGGAAUUCAGUGCACAAUCUGGAAACAGUUGACAGACAUCGACUUUGCCGAUGAUCUGGCUUUUCUCUUCCACAGCCAACAAGAGAUGCAGGAAAAGACAAAGAUGGUAGAGGAAAACUCAUCUAGACUGGGACUCACCAUCAAGAGAUGGAAGAGCAAAGUAUUUAAGACCAACGCAUACAACAAUACACCCAUCACAGUCCAAGGCGAGGCGCUGGGGGAGGUGGACAGCUUAACCUAUCUCGGCAGCAAUCCGGACAACCAGGCAGGAACGGAUGCAGAUGUCAGAAUCCGCAUCGGUAAUAACGAGCAGCCUUCCAUCAGAUGA